UUGAAACCAGUGCAUCGACCGCUCUAGCCAGGAACGCAUCGUUACCGAAACUCAUCGUUACGAUGCUUACCAAAAGUGUGCUUUCGUUUUUAGCGAUUAUUUUAAUACAUAUAUUUGUAACAGUGCAAACCAUCGACGUUGUAGAACGAUCUUCAUCGGGGUUCACCAGUCAAUGCACUUCUUCGACCGAACAAUGCAUGUUACGCGUAAUGUGUAACGUCGAACCACGUGUCCGCGACCAAUUUGUAUCAUGCCUUACGGCUGAUGGUUUAGAGGGACUGUGCUGCAACUUCCAAAGCGAUUCCGCCAGGCGUAGGAAACGAUCGCUGCCCUAUGAACUCACCGAGGAACUGUUUAAUAAUGCCGUUGGAGAUGGACAUCGUGUGUAUACUCGCAAGCUGGCAAACAUCGACCGUUACCAAGAGGUUAUGACGAGUGCCUCGGUGGAUUCGCUUGCACGGCAAUUCCAUGCCACUCCCUUCACAGGAGAACUAAGCGUGGAAGAUCAGGCGGCAUACGAAGACGUAUUCGUAGCUCGAUCCUUUGCCGAUGCGCUCAAUCUAACCGUCGACGAACGACUCGAUCUAGAUGGAGUAAGACUGGAGCGGACGCAACGACGUAAGCGAUGCCUUCCUCCAAGACCAUGUGAUCCACACGCAAGAUAUCGAUCGUUCGAUGGAUCGUGUAACAAUCCUGUUCCGUCGCGCUCUAGCUGGGGUGCAGCUGGCUAUCCAUUCGAGCGAUUAUUGCCUCCGGCGUAUGAAGACGGUGUAUGGGCCCCAAGAUUGCAUUCGGCCGUUUCCGGACGACCACUGGCCAGUGCGCGUGAUAUUUCGGUAGCAGUUUUCCCGGAUAACGAUCGUCGCGAUCACAGGUACAAUCUAUUGCUGAUGCAGUUCGGUCAGUUUAUGUCACACGAUUUUACGCGUAGUGCCAGCGUUAGAUUGAGGCAGGAAGAAGUUCAAUGCUGUACCGAAGAUCACUCCGGGCCUUUGCGUGGUGAUCAGUCUCACUUCGCCUGCAUGCCUAUCGCCGUCAGUCCGUCCGAUCCAUUCUACUCACGUUUCGGCAUCCGAUGCCUAAACUUUGUACGUCUUUCACUCGCCCGGAAUGGUAAAUGUAAGCUUGGUUAUGGCAAGCAGCUUAACAGAGUCACUCACUUCAUCGACGGAUCAGCUGUAUAUGGCUCGAAUGAUGCCAUGGCCGCUUCCUUGCGUACGUUCGAGGGAGGACGAUUGUUGAGUAGCUUCCCGUCAGGUGAAGAGCUUCUUCCAUUUGCCAGAAAUCGUGCCGCCUGUGAACCAUGGGCUGAAGCAUGCUUCCGUGCUGGGGAUGAUCGAUCAAAUCAGAUUAUUUCGCUGACGGAAAUGCAUACUCUAUUUCUGCGGGAGCACAAUCGGGUGGCAACAAGGCUUGCCGCCCUCAAUCGUAACUGGGACGAUGAAAAACUGUACCAAGAAGCUCGCCGAAUCGUUGGAGCAGAGCUGCAGAAGAUUUUUUUCAACGAAUAUUUGCCUGCUAUCGUCGGCCAUAACAAGGUGCGUCAGUAUGGGCUACUUGACGGUCACAAUGGGCAUACGGAUUUCUACAGCCCUGACGUUAAACCGGCCAUUUUCAAUGAAGUAUCAGGAGCAGCCUUCCGGUUCGGACAUUCUACCGUCGAUGGAGCCUUUUUAAUCCAACAUCGUCAUCGCCGUUCGGAACUGGUACCGAUUCAAGAAGUUUUUCUCAACCCAUCCCGUCUGUUGGAGCGCUCAUUUUUCGAUGAUUUCCUCUUUUCGCUUAUGGAUCAACCGCAACAACAGCUCGACGAUUCCAUCACCUUUGGACUAACGAGAUUGCUGUUCGCGGGCCGUAACCCGUUCGGUUCGGAUUUGGCCUCCCUUAAUAUUCAGCGUGGCCGGGACCAUGCCCUACGUCCAUAUAACGACUAUCGUAAAUGGGCCGGACUGCGACGUAUCACAAGUUUCGAACAGUUUGGUCCGGUUGGUGCACGGUUGGCAAGCGUGUACGACUCUCCAGAUGAUGUGGAUCUUUGGGUAGGUGGAUUACUCGAGCCUCCGGCACAGGAUGGCGCACUAUUUGGCGAAACAUUUGCAACCAUCAUCAGUGAACAGUUCGCUCGGCUAAAGUUUGGCGAUCGUUACUACUACACCAAUGGGCCACGUCACAAUCCUGGCUAUUUUACCGUUGAGCAGUUGAACGAGCUGAGCAAAGUGUCGCUCGCAACAGUCAUUUGCUCUAACAUCGAUCAUCCAGAAGGGUUUUUGGUACCAGCGGAUGCUUUCCAACAGCCGAGCGAACAUAACCCGCCCGUGCCGUGUCAUGCGAUGGCAUCGAUGGAUUUAACUGCCUGGAGCAGUCACUAGAUGUUGAUGUUUUACGUACUCUUUUGCAGUAUGAGCG